AUGGGGAACAACAAUGUUACUGGUCGUCCCCGACGGAUCUUGGACGAUGCACGCCGAGAAGGAGUAGCCACCGUGCUGAUCACCUGCCGCUGCAACCGCAGCCUGGUCUGCCAUUGCAAACCACCACGCUCCAAAGAAGAAAUCACACCGGGAGCCGAACCAUGCGAUGCACCCAGCGGCGGCCGGCGGAAGCCGACCCGCAGCAGAACAACCAGAAGAGUCCCGAUCGGAAACCUUCCAGAGGAGCUGCUGCCCACGAUCCUGUCGAAGCUGGACGCGAAGCAGGCCGCGAGGACCAGCGUCCUGUCGAGCGCGUGGGAGCACGCCUGGAAGCACUCUCCCAGGCUAACCCUCGACAUCUUCGCCAUAUGCGGCGCCGCAUACAGGCUCAUGCUGUACCCCGAGCGAUACGUGCAGAGGUUCGUUGACAUGGCCGACGCGAUACUGCGGCAGCGCCGGGGCAGCGUGGUCGAGCAGCUCGAGAUCAGGGUCGACAAGGCCGCCGUUCAGCUUGUAUCUCGCCGUCUGGAUGACUGGGUUCGCUUCGCGGCGGCGGCCCGGGCCAAGAGCUUGACGCUUCACGUGUCGUCGGUAACACCUCGCUUGAUGCGCCCUAGUGAUUUGUACGCUCUACCCUUGCAGCUGCUCGACGACGGAGGUGUGUCCAGCCUGCAGCAUAUCCACCUUUCCUGUGUAUCGCUCAAGCUGCCUUCCCCUUCCUUUCCGAAAUUGAAGAGGCUGGGUCUGUGCUAUGCACGCGUGUCCGCAGCUGAUUUCGGAGAUAUGCUGUCAAAUUGCCCUAAUCUGGAGUGGCUGGAUCUCUAUAAUGUCUAUCUCAACGAUGAACUCAAAGUGGACACGCCCUUCUCCAGGCUGCGGUACCUGCGUUUGGCUGCUUGCAGCGUGACCCAGAUAAAGCUCACUGCCACCAACCUCGCAACUUUCAUAUUCCUGGGGCGUUCGUUACCUUCCAUCGACCUUGGCGAAACGCCACGACUCUGCGAUGUUAACGUCUACUGUCACGAAAUAACAAUGGAGCAUGCUCUUAGUUCAUUGUCCGAUGCGUUCCCGAUGGUGCAACGUCUGUCGUUCCACUCUAUUAUUAUACAGCUGGAGUUUCCCUGGCGACUCCAGAACGCCUCCAGGUUUCCCCACCUCAGGCAUCUCCAGCUAAUCUUCGAUGUCCGCACUAUGCACUCAGACGAUAUCCUCUCUGUUGUGCGUUUUCUCGAGGCUGCCCCGUUGCUCGAGGAAUUGGACAUUGUGCUCGCACUAUGCCGCGAGAAUGGUGGGGAAGGGCAUCUCAGGAGAUUACCACAUGGACAAUUGAAAUACAAGUGCUUGAAGAGCUUGAGGGUUUGUUCAUUCAGAGGUCAAAAGAGUCAAGUAGAUCUUUUGGUACACAUCGUGGAAAAUGCCCCUGCUCUGCAGAUUUUGACCAUAGACUCAAGUAGGCCGCACGUUCCAGAAGAGACUUAUCGAGUUACCGAAGAUGAGAAAGGAAUACUCUCUAAGAUCCGUCAUAUGGCAGCAACAUGCAUCGGUAGUAAACUUUCAGCCAAGACAAAGUUUAUUGUCGAAUGA